UGCAGGCCGAGCCUUUGCGGUCCUUCGCAGUCCUGUUGGUGUCCUUCCCCGGUUAUUGUUAUGAUUGUUGAUACUCUGUCCACCCAUUGGUGCUUGGCUAUCCCUGGCUCAAGGUUCACAAACCUCAUAUAGAGUGGUCUCUGGGUAAGAUUGUUUCAUGGCGCUCAUUUUGUCACACUAACUGCUUACUCUCUGCCAUAGCCCCUGUCUUGUCUGAACCACAGACCCUGCCAGAGCCUCCUGACCUGUCUUCAGACCUGGAGGUUUAUCAUGACCUCGCCCCUGUCUUCAGUAAACAUUGUGCUCUGUCCCUGCCACUUCACCAUCCAUAUGACUGCUCCAUCCACCUCCUGCCUGGUGGUGCUCUCCCAGCAGUCUGCUUUACAAUCUCUCCCAACCUGAACAUGAGGCAAUGGAGAAAUACAUACAGGUCUCCUUAGCAGCAGAAAUCAUCAGACCAUCUUCAUCUCUGGUGGGUGCGGGGUUUUUUUUUGUUUUUUUUGUGGGCGAGAAGGACGGAACUUUGAGACCUUGCACUGAUUAGACCUUGCACUGAUGUUAGGGGCUUAAAUAACAUCACUGUCAAAAAUAAAUACCCCUUGCCUCUCAUAAGUUCUGCUUGGUACCACCAUCUUCUCCAAACUGGACCUGCGCAAUGCAUACAAUCUUGUCUGCAUCCGAGAAGGAGAUGAGUGGAAGACUGCAUUUAACACACCCAUGGGCCAUUUCGAAUAUCUGGUUAUGCCUUUUGGUCUGACUAAUGCCCCUGCAGUUUUCCAGGCUUUGGUGAAUGACGUCCUCCAUGACACGAUCAACCGAUUUGUUUUUGUAUACCUUGAUGAUAUCCUGAUCUUUUCCUAGAACCAAGUCAGAACAUGAGCAGCAUGUGCGCCAGGUCCUACAGCGCCUCCUGGAGAACAAGCUGUAUAUGAAAGCAGAAAAGUGUGAGUUCCAUGUACCUUCUGUGUCAUUUCUCAGCUAUAUCAUUGCACAGGGGCUGGUGCUGAUGGAUCCAGCUAAGUUGACAGCUGUUACAGAAUGGCCAAGACCCACUAACCUGAAACAGUUACAACGCUUUCUAGGCUUUGCAAACUUUUACAGGAGGUUCAUUAAAGAUUACAGCUGCAUAGCUGCUCCGCUCACUGCCCUCACCUCCACUUCCACUCCUUUGCUGUGGUCUCCUGAGGCAGUAGCGGCCUUUAAAGACCUUAAGAACCCCUUUGCCUCAGCACCCAUCCUCAUCCAACCAGCUCAUCAGUUUGUUGUUGAGGUGGACGCUUCAGACAGCGGGCUGUCACCUGCUGAAAGAAACUAUGAUAUCAGUAACCAGGAACUUCUUGCUGUCAAACUGGCUCUAGAGGAGUGGCGUCACUGGUUGGAGGGUUCCCGUAAUGUCAAGCCUGAUGCCCUGUCCCAACAAUUUACUGUUGAGGAGUCAGCUGCUAACCCAGAACUUAUCCUGCCACCCACUUGCUUCAUUGCCUCAAUCACCUGGGAAAUAGAAUCAUUGGUCAAGCAAGCCCAGCAUCAACAACCAGACCAAGGUAACAGUCCCACUAAUUGCUUGUUUGUCCUAUACUCUGUUCGUUCCCAGGUGCUGCAGUGGGCCCACUCAUCUCACCUGACCUAUCAUCCAGGUGUCACCUGGACCACUGCCUUCCUCUGUCAGAAGUUUUGGUGGCCCACCAUGGACAAAGACACCUGGUCCUUUAUCUCUGCCUGUACAGUAUGCACCCAAAACAAGUCUUCAACCAAGUCCAGAUCUGGCCUACUCCGUCCUCUGCCUGUCCCCAGUUGGCCGUGGUCCCACAUCGCUUUGGAUUUUGUAACUGGUCUCCCACCAUUGAACGGAGCAAGAAAUAGCUGUCCCCUCUGUUCAAGCUCCCAUGCGCCGCUGUCGCAGAACCUAGAAGCGAGCACUUUCUGUCCUCCUCUGCUCCUCAUCUCAGAUCCAGAGCCAAGCAAAUUGCCACUGCACGCCUGCGCCCUCCUACACACCUGGCCAAAAGGAUCAUUGAUGAUCGCCCUGCUUACUUGGUCCGGCAGCUGCUGGAUGUGUGCCGUUGGGGUCUGCAGUAUCUUGUGGAUUGGGAGGGUUAUGGCCCUGAGGAACGUUGUUGGAUUCCUCGUUGCCAGAUUCUGGACCUGUCCCUUCUCUGGGACUUCCAUCGGUGGCACUGUCAGGCCCUCUACUUCUGCCUAGCUGGCAGCCUCUCUCCCCCUCCCUGUCCCUCUUUCUGUGUGUUUGAUUGCAGGAGUGGAGCCAGGUCACCAGUUGCCAGUCAUUAUCAUCAUCCUGCUCAGCUUCAAAUACCAAGUCCCAACCUCCACACUCUGACAAACAAUUCCUGGCCUGACUCCUGCCUCUGACUCCCUCCUGAUUUACCUGGAACCCGCUCUGGAUCUCCUCCAUUCCCUCCAGCCCUGCAGACUCUUCCUGCCCUCCUUCAUCCUGCCCAUUCCCCAGCACCUGCCCCAGCCUCAGCCUCAAGUUCGACUGCCAGCCUCUGCCCCCCACCUUGCCACUAAAGACUCUGCUGUUCCUUUUUUUCCCCUCAACGUCAGGUUGUAAUAAACCAAUAAUCUGAUUCCAA